AUGACAACUGAUAAGUCAAGUCUAAUAAAAGAAAUCGAAAGCAUUAUCAAUGAUGUCCCGAGAUAUUCCCACCAUGGACGAUCUAGUAUCAAAUUUACACAACGCCUAAUCCCAACCAAAAAAUUUAUCAAAAGCGCUGUGGAAGCCAGAAAAUCUAUUUUGAAUUCUGAAGAAAUUGAAAAACUUGUAAAUACUCCCCAAAAGCCUCACAAAUCUUUAUUAAUGAAAAAAGAGACUAAAGUCCCUAGCUCUUCCUUUUUAUCUGUUACACGAGAAAAGCGUGAAGAAAUUCAAAAAUCAAAUUACAGUGAUGCUCCGCCUUCAACAAAAUAUUCCCCAAACUAUUUUUGAGUCCGACCUAGAACACCCACUAAUGUUCAAUUAAGAGAAACCCAGAGAUCAAGCAUCCCAAGGGACCCAAAAGUUUUUUUGCCUGAUUGUGUCGAUGAAAAAGAUUUAGAAUGCAAAUAUCCACAUAAAGCUGAAAGAAAAUCUGAGCUUCAAAAAACAAUGAAUUUAAGCGAUUUUAUGAAUUCAGCUGAAAUUAGAAGUUGUAAAAGGAAAAAAACAAGUGCUAAAUAUUACCAGUCUCACAUGGCAAAAAUAUCUUUUAGCAAACAGUCAGAGAGAAAAGGAAUCCCUUUAAAUCAGAUGCAUGAAAGUGUUCUUGAUAAAGAGCCAGUUGUGAAAAAAUCAGAGUCGCUUAAAGCACCGAGUUUUAAACAAUAUAUAUCAAGGCAAGAGCUUUUUAAUCAUGAAAUUCAUGAUGGGAACUAUCACCCAAAUCAUGAAUUUUUAAAACAGUCAUUAAGUAAAGGUAUUUUACCUUUUGACAAAAUGAGUUCCAGAAACAGCAUUUUUGACACUGAAUAUUCACUACCAUCUCCUGACUACAGCGCAAUCCAAAAUAGCUAUGAAAGAACAGUCCCCAGAUCAAGGGUAAGAACUCUCUUUAUCGGAAAACGAGACUCCUACAAAGUUUACUCCAAUUCCAAAUCAAUAUCUUCCAAAAGCACAGUGAAUUUGACCAAAAGUUCAAGUCACAGCAUUUCAAGCUCUAAUUUUGUUGUAACUAAUUUCUCAUAA